UUUAAACCUGUAGCCAAUCGCGAUGGGGCUGUUGUCAAAAUCCGUUAAAGAGUAAAAAGUAAGGGAGAGUCCUGAGCUGGUGGGAUUGGGAGAAGUAACCGGGAGACUGGUUAGACAGCUCUCGCAGCAGCCAAUCGCUUCUCGUAGUCUGUGUUUGAAUGGACUGUUGGUGAAUUUCAAUCGUGGGGAACGGGAAGAAAAUAUACGGCGAGUCAAGGAGCGCGGCUGCUUUUGUAACAAGGGAUUUUCGAGACUCGUCAAGGAAGACUCUAAACUUCUGUCUGUGCAAAACUAAUUCUGGGCGUGCAAGCCGGCAGAAGCCCCCCCCCCCCCAAUUCUGGGCGUGCAAGCCGGCAGAAGCCCCCCCUCCCAAAUUCUGGGCGUGCAAGCCGGCAGAAGAACCCCCCCAAAUUCUGGGCGUGCAAGCCGGCAGAAGACCCCCUGUCCCUGGAGUGAAGGGAGCGGUGAAAGCAGGCUCUGGGUCUGAAAUCUCCAGCUUUACCUGGGACCCUGGACCAUGAAUGAUUCCCAGUGCCUCGAUGACCUGCCGAUCGUGUCCAGGUGGUGUGGUGCUGCCAGGCAGGAGCUGGGACUGAGAGAGUUUUAUAGCGAGACCCAGCGCCUGGCUUUGGAAGAGCUGAUCUCCGGCGGCGAGGAGGCUUACAGCGCCUUACUAAAGAGAGAGAGAGUCCAGGGCUUCCUGUCGGCCGAUGAGAUCGCCAGCAUCCUGCAAUCCACCAUCAGCCCCCCUGGGCUAGACAGCCAGCCACUCGAGCAAUCCUUCACCUGCUCCAGUGACCUAAGCUCGGGGACCUAUUUCCCCGAUGCCUCGGACAUUGAGGUGCCGGUUCUGGACAUUGGGUGGCCGGUGUAUCCGAGCAACUGGUACCGGGGUGUGACCCAGGUGGAGGUGUAUUUCCAGCCCAGCUAUGGGGAGCUCAUCUACAGCUGCAAGGAGGCGAUCAGGAAGCUCAUCAGAAAGGCAGAGAAGGUUAUUGCCCUGGUAAUGGAUAACUUCACUGAUAUUGAUAUUCUCAAGGAUCUCCAUGAGGCUUGCCGGAGGAGACGUGUCCCUGUUUACAUCCUCCUUGAUCAAUUUGGCCUCCCACUCUUUCAGAAAAUGUGUCGGGAUGCUGGUGUCCGUGUGGAGGAGGAGAGGAAGAUGAGAGUCCGCACAAUAACGGGAUGUACUUAUUGCACAAGAACAGGAGCCAAAGUUAUUGGCAGAGUCCAUGAAAAAUUCAUGUUGAUAGAUUGUGAUAAAGUAGCCACAGGCUCUUACAGUUUUACUUGGACUGACGGGAAGCUGAAUCGCAGCAAUUUGACUGUGCUCUCAGGACAGUUGUCUGAGUUUUAUGAUGAAGAGUUCAGAAUACUGUAUGCUCAGUCACAGCUAAUACCAAACCAGUCAGCGGAUUUUAGGCAUCGAGCUAUCUGUGGAGAGAUUGCAGCAAAGAAGUUGGUGUCUAGAGAGCCCACUGCCAGCACUGCCUUGGAGAAACAAAUAGUACCGUGUUCCCCAGUAAAUUGUAAACCUGAAGGUUUGGGCCAAACAGCUGAGAAAAAGCUAUGUUCACAAACUUCUGUUGGCUCAGCAGGCAGCCAUGUGUCUGAAGUAUCCACACUCAGUGACAAAGCCUCUCAUCAGACUGAGAUGAAGAGCGUGUCUGUGCAGACUGAUGUGCAAGUACAGACAGGGAUGCAGAGCACUUCCACACAAACCUGUAUCUUGCUGAAGGAGGUGGAAACCCAAACUACAUUCCUAUCAAAAUCAAGCUCAACUCAGACCUCUGUUUGUUCCAGAAUUGGUGCACAGGCUGUAAACAUCACUGAUGCUGUCCCAUUGUCACUCUCAGAGCAGUCAGAUACAGAUGGAUAUCCAGCCAUUGGAAAGUCAACCAAUACUCCCGAUCAGCCGCCUCAUUCCCCAUCAGAGUCCAGCAAUGGCUCAUGUAGUUCUUCGUCUUCCGCCACCUCUGAAGGUCGACAAUGUCAUACUUUUGCCAGCUAUCAUCAUGCAGGUCUCCACAGCACCAACUCCACGCUGAGGAACUGCUUCCAGAAACUCACCAAAGAACGUCAGUUCCAUUACACUACCAUUCGCUCCAAGCUGGACAGCAUGGUUGCCAUUCUGUCGAGGAACCGACAAUUGGACAAGUUCGACAGCCGUGAGCUGGGCCACUACGGUGCAAGGGGUAGCAGAGAGUUAUUGAGCAGGAGUAGAGUUUUGGGCUUCAGGGAGGUAUCUGCAUUGGCUUCUUUGGCACUGCGAAACUAAACAUCAUUUCAAUUCACGCCUGAUUAUUUUUCUCAACAGUCUGUGUGGAUUAUUCGGUAAUUGGUCAAACUUUGCUGAUGGUAGUCUUUGGCCAAGUUUUAAACAUUAGUAACCAGGAUCUUUUUUUAAGUGCUGAAUGGGUUUGAGAUUCUGUAUAAAGUUCAGUUAACAAAUAAGACUAUGAUGGCUGUUCUUACAAGAAUUGCUUUGAAUCAGGGAGGAGGAGGACUGUUUCCACUGGUGACACUUUUUGAUUCCUCUCAAAUAAACAUUGUUUUUUUAUUGAAUAAAUUACCUUUUGUCACUGUGCAUCAAGUGUUGCUCAGUGGUUAGCACUCUAACCUCUGAGAUGAUUCAUGUGUCACUUAAGUCUUGAGUGCAAAAUUUAGGAAGAUAAUUUAACUCAGUACUAACGGAGUAUUUUUGGAUAAGAUGUUGAAACAAAGUCCUGCCUACCCUUUUGGGCAGAUGGAAAAAUUGCUGUCCAAUGAGUUAAAAAUGUUGCAGUCAUGAGGAUUUAUAAAUACAAACCUUUCUUUCCUUUAUGGAUUUCCAGUGCCUCGUUAACAUUUUUGUUUUUCGCAAAUUGUAGGUGUUAUCAAUAAGGACAGAAAAAUGAUGAUGCUGUUGAAAUAUGAACAGGGAAAAACCAUCCUAACAACCAAUGUUGGUAGAUGCUGCAAGCUGAAAAGAAAUUAGAUCUAUCCCUGAGUUGGUUGUAAAUACAAAUUUUGUAUUUAAGGUGGUUCAUUAUUAAAAAAUUUUAAAAAUUGUAAAACAUGUAUGUGGAAACAUUCAAAUGCAUUGUCUCAUUUGCAGUUUAAGGUUACAAUUUUGAUAUUUAACUUUUUUUUUCUCUUGUAGCUUGAUGUACCAAAAUUGACCAUGUUGGUUGACCUAGAUUUUUAAUUUUUAAGGGGCAGGGAGUUUCUUUAUUCACCAGAACUGCAUUUAGUUCAGAAAUGUACAUGCACGAUUCUUCUCAAGAGUAGGAACCAGAAGGUACUUCACAGACUAUGUACAAUAAAAUGACAUGUUUAUAUCUCUCUUUUGUGUGGAAUUUACCGGAGGGAACAAGCCAUCCGGUCCAACUGGCAUAUGCUAAUGUUUGUCUCAUACGAGUCUCCUUGCACACUUACUUCAUCUGAACCUAUUCAAUUUUAAAAAAACUUAUUUCCAGCUUGUGUACUUACCUAGCAUCCCCUUAAAGGACUUAUGCUAUUUGCUUCACCCAGUCUAUGAAGUAGCAGGUUCCACAUUUGCACCACUGAAUAAGGAAGUUUCUUUAUUGGAUUUUUUGUUGACCAUCUCAUAUUUAUGACUCAUGCUUUCAACAUUCACACAAAUGGAAAUGCCUUUGCCCUAAUGUACCAAAUGUUUCUAAUCAAAUGCCCUCAACAUUCACAAUAACUGAAAAAUGUUUUGUGUAAGUCAUGGGAAAUUGGUUUUGGAAGCUCUUAUCCGGCCAGGUACUAGAAAUAAAGGCUGAAAUCCCAAUUAACAUUAGGAACAAAACGGGAUACAGCUUUAGAAAGUAGUGGAAGAAUUGCUGUCCUAUUUUCAACUGCCUGUUUUUGGAUAUUAUACAUCCACUAAUCUGCCCAGUGACACAAUGCAAUCCUAACUUUGUGCACUGUGAGAGAGAUGUUUUAUUUUGUUUCUUGUGAACUAUUUCUGCAAUUUUGAGUUGAAAUAACAGUGUGAAUGUAAAGAAGACCAUGGGGAAAUACCUUGAACAGCCUUGAUAUUUCACUACAAAUCCUUACUAAUGAACUCUGAACUGGGUUCAGGUGCCUGUGAAUGGUCACUGUCAAAGUAACCACGUGAGCUGGAAAUUCCUGUCUCCAAAUUCUGGCUCCUCAUCUGCUAGGGAUGGACUGUAAUCUUUUUAAAAUUAUUCUUAGUGAAAUAAUAAAAAUGUAGCAAAAUUGAUCAGUAGGAGCAUAAUUUUCAGAGACUUUGAAGUGUAAUUUGUAAUGCCUUACAUCAAAGUAACCCCCAAUCUGUGCACAAUCCUCGCUGUUAAAGCAAACAUAUCUGAUUUGUUUUUUUCAUUGUCCUAUACUCUGCACCUAACAUUAGAGUUUAAGGGGCUUUCUUACAAAUGACAUAAAACUGACCGGAACUGGAUACGGUACUCCCAGAAGAGGCAUUACCAAUAUUCUGUACAACCACAACAUGACUUCCCAAUGCCUGUAUUGCCUUAUCUAAUGUCUUUAACUUUAUGUAUUAAUACCUGAAACAUUUAAAUGGGACUGAUAAUGUAAACUUGGUAUCCAUUUAAUUGGUGGCUGGGAUAUGCGAUGAUAUUUGUGUUUUUUUUAUUUGCCAUAUUAUCUGUUGUCUGUGUUGUCUUUUUACAUGUAUAUCCUUGUGCUGUUACAUUAAAGAAUUGGUCUAAGUUCACUGCCACUUUGGGCUCCCAGACUGAAAUUCUGCCAUUUGCUUUUCAAAUGAUUGAAACUGCUACACUUGAGGAUUGUUGCUAUGGGAAAAUUAUUGAAUUCUUAUACCGUUUCUAUCUAUAGAGAUUUGAAGCACUAAUCUGUAGGUUGCAAGAUUGGCUAUUGUGGGAAUGCGAUAAAGAUUUUUUAAAAUACUGAUUUUUGAAUUCAAUACAUUUUUUAAGUUUAUGGUGGAAUACUGUACAACCUGUUUAUUUAGUAACUAUGAAACUGAGAAUCAUUUCUCAUGAUUUUAGAAUUCCUGAAGUAGAAGAAUAUGCUGCUUAGCAUAUGCAUGUUUUGCUAUUGCCAUUUAUAUUUGGGUUGUUGAAGGUGGUGUCUCAAUUAGCCAUACUUAUUGUAUU